AUGGAUACACAAGACAAAACAUCGUUAUGACAUCAUAAAGUGGCCAAAAUCUGAUCAGCUCAUUUUUAUAGAAAUGGAUCAGGACAAAAAGAGAGAGAAUCUUUGUUCCUGAAACGUUCAGAGUCUCUUUUCACAGAGAGGACACAUGUUGAUGUAGAGAGACAUGAACAAGUGGAUUUUGCAUAGGUGAUUAUAGGAUUUAGAGAUGGAGCUGUCGGAGGUGCGGUGCUCCAGCGCCAGCGAGGAUCUGUACACCAUCAACCCCAGCAGACCCAAGCGGCUGCUGUGGCAGAACGCCGUGCGGCACAUCACGGAGCAGAGGUUCAUUCACGAGCAGGGCGGGGGAGUGGAGGUGAAGCACGAGCCCUACGACCCGCAGGAGAAGACCCGCACCUCGGUGGGUGGGGGGCACAACAACGGGGGCACCAAGGUGUUCCCGGCGCGCGCCAGCAGCGACCUGGGCUUCCUGCAGAUCGACUGCGCUCCCAGUAACUCUGACUUCUUCCUGAACUGGGGCUACACGUAUCGGGGCGUCAUCUUCCCCACGCUGCGCAACGCCUUCAAAUCCCGAGACCUGGAGCGUCUCUACCAGCGCUACUUCCUCGGGCAAAGACGUAAAUCUGUGGUGGUGAUGAACAUCCUGGACAUAGUGACGAAGAUCACUCUGCUGGUCCUCCACCUCACCCUCGCCUCCUCGCCCAUGGACCCCAUUAAAGGCACCCUUCUGGGGCUUUUCACGGGUAUUGAGGCGGUGAUUUGCGCGCUCGUGGUGGUGCGUAAAGACUCCACGUCGCACGCGUACCUGCAGUGGAGCGGCGCCCUCAGCUGGAUGGUGAUGGUACUGCAGAUGUUGGCGGCGGGGCUGGGUUUCGGGCUCCUGGGGGACGGCGUGGGGUACGUCCUCUUCACGCUGUUCGCCACCUACAGCAUGCUGCCGCUGCCCCUCACCUGGGCCAUCACCGCCGGGCUCACGACCUCCGCCCUGCACAUCCUGGUGCAGAUGCUCACCUCCCACAAUGCACCGCUCUCCUCCAACCAGGUGGCGGCUCAGGCGGUGCUGUUCCUCUGUAUGAACACAGCGGGGGUCUUCAUCAGUUAUCUGUCGGACCGGGCUCAGCGUCAGGCCUUCCUGGAGACGAGGCGCUGCAUCGAGGCGCGGCUGAGGCUGGAGACAGAGAACCAGAGACAGGAGAGACUGGUGUUAUCAGUCCUGCCUCGUUUUGUAGUUUUGGAAAUGAUCAACGACAUGACAAAUGUAGACGACGAACACCUCCAGCAUCAGUUCCACAGAAUCUACAUCCACCGCUACGAGAAUGUCAGCAUUCUUUUCGCAGAUGUCAAAGGCUUCACUAACCUCUCCACGACGCUGUCGGCGCAGGAGCUGGUGCGAAUGUUGAACGAACUCUUUGCACGCUUCGACCGCCUCGCACACGUGAAGUUAUUGAAAGAUGUGAGGAUGUUCAGCAGGAGAAACACACUGUCUGAGAUAAAGAUUCUGGGCGAUUGUUACUACUGUGUGUCGGGUCUGCCGGAGCCAGACAUGGACCACGCUCACUGCUGCGUGGAGAUGGGCCUCAGCAUGAUCAAAACCAUCAGAUAUGUGAGGUCUCGUACGAAACACGACAUCGACAUGCGGAUCGGGAUCCACUCGGGCUCGGUGCUGUGCGGCGUGCUGGGCCUCAGGAAGUGGCAGUUUGACGUCUGGUCCUGGGACGUAGACAUCGCCAACAAGCUGGAGUCUGGAGGAAUCCCCGGGAGGAUCCACAUCUCCAAAGCGGCUCUGGACUGUCUGAACGGAGACUACGAGGUGGAGGAGGGCCACGGGAAAGACCGCAACGACUUCCUGCGGCGCCACAACAUCGAGACGUUCCUCAUCAAGCAGCCGGAGGAGAGCACGCUCAGCCUGCCGGAGGACAUCAUGAAGGAGGCGUCGAGCUCCUCGGACCGCAGGGCGAGCAGCACCACCUUCAACGAGGCGUCCUGGAGCCCCGAGCUGCCCUUCGACAACAUCGUGGGGAAGCAGAACACUCUGGCUGCCCUAACGAGAAAUUCGAUAAAUCUGCUUCCAAACCAUCUCGCACAAGCUUUGCAUGUCCACUCGGGUCCUGAGGAAAUUAACAAGCGAAUAGAGAACGCCAUCGACUUACGGAGUGGCGAUAAGUUGAGAAGAGAGCAUAUCAAGCCUUUCUCACUGAUGUUUAAAGACUGCAGCCUGGAAGAGAAGUAUUCCCAGAUGAGAGACGAGGUGUUCAAGUCCAACCUGGUGUGCGCCUUCAUCGUUCUCAUCUUCAUCACCACCAUCCAAGGCCUGCUUCCCUCCGCCAGGAUGGUAACCAUGGUGGUCCAGUUCUCAAUCCUCAUCGUCCUGCAUUCCUGUCUGGUCCUAGUAACCACGGCGGAGGACUACAAGUGUCUGCCUCUGGUUCUGAGAAAAGCCUGCUGCUGGAUCAACGAGACGUACGCCGCCAGAAACGUCAUCAUCUUCAUCUCCAUCCUCAUCAACUUCCUGGCUGCCAUGAUCAAUAUACUGUGGUGCGACUUCGACAAGUCGGGCAGCGGCUUCAGGAACCAGACGUUCAACGAGUCGACCUCCAUCCCAGACAUCUGCUUCUACCCAGAGUACUUUGUGUUCACGGGGGUCCUGGCGAUGGUGACGUGUGCCGUGUUCUUGCGGCUGAACUCGGUGUUGAAGUUGGCGGUUCUGCUGGUGAUGAUCGGCGUCUACUCCCUGCUGACCGAAGCCUUCUACACCUCGCUGUUCCUCCGCUACGACACCGUCCACAAGAACACAGAGAACUUCCUGGGGACCAAAGAGACGUCUCUGCUCCUGAUGGCCAUGUUCCUCCUGGCUGUGUUUUACCACGGACAGCAGCUGGAGUACACGGCCCGGCUGGACUUCCUGUGGCGCGUUCAGGCCAAAGAGGAGAUCAACGAGAUGAAGGAGCUGCGAGAACACAACGAGAACAUGCUGAGGAACAUCCUGCCGAGCCACGUGGCCCGACACUUCCUGGAGAAGGACCGGGACAACGAGGAGCUGUACUCGCAGUCGUACGACUCGGUGGGCGUGAUGUUCGCCUCCAUCCCGGGCUUCGCAGACUUCUACUCUCAGACGGAGAUGAACAACCAGGGAGUCGAGUGCCUCCGGCUCCUCAACGAAAUCAUCGCCGACUUCGACGAGCUGCUUGGUGAGGAUCGCUUCCAGGACAUCGAGAAGAUCAAGACGAUCGGCAGCACCUACAUGGCCGUCUCCGGCCUGUCGCCUGAGAAACAGCAGUGUGAAGAUAAAUGGGGUCACCUGUGUGAGCUGGCGGACUUUGCCAUCGCCCUCAACGAGAGCAUCCAGGAGAUCAACAAACACUCCUUCAACAACUUCGAGCUGAGGAUCGGUAUGGCCCACGGCUCGGUGGUGGCCGGUGUGAUCGGAGCCAAGAAGCCUCAGUACGAUAUCUGGGGGAAGACGGUGAACCUUUCGAGUCGGAUGGACAGCACGGGCGUCAGCGGGAAGAUCCAGGUCCCCGAGGACACCUUCCUGAUCCUGAAGGAGCGCGGAUUCGCCUUCGAGUACCGCGGCGAGAUCUACGUGAAGGGCAUCAGCGAGCAGGAGGGAAAGAUCCGGACGCACUUCCUGUCGGGCCGCGUUCAACCAAAUCCGCUCAUCAUGCAGCCGCGAAAAAUCACCGGCCAGUAUUCGCUGGCGGCCGUGGUGCUCGGUCUGGUGCAGUCGCUCAACAGGCAAAAGCAGAAGCAGAUCCUCAACGAGAACAACAACUCGGGCAUCAUGAAGGGCCACCACCACUACAACCGGAGGACGUUGUUAGCGCCCGGUACCUCCGAGUCGGGAGGCGGGCAUCACACGGAGCCAGCUGAUAAGACUGAGCUGUCCUGAAGAGCACAUCACAGGGUUUCAGUUUCCACAAAGAAGAGUCCUCAGAGGCAGAGAGGCUCCCCAGGCAGAAACCGUCCCAGAGGUUGAGUUAAACUUCAGCGAGUGCAGCUUUCUAGCUUAGUGACGAAAGAAAAGCAGCUGGAAGUUCUUUAGGAGUCAUCAAAGCUUCAGUUGUUUGAAAGCUAGAGGUGGGACCAUGUCAUUGUUUUGGAAGUGUCAAUUAUUUGCAAGUCAUAAGUCUUAAGUCUUAAUUUCGAGAAUAAAGAACCGUCCCAGGGGUUGAGUUAAACUUUAGUGAGUGCAGCUUUCUGACUUAGCGAAGGAAAAGCAGCCGGAAGUUCUUUAGGAGUCAUUGCAACUUCAGUAAACAGGUGUUGAAAGCAAGUCAUUGUUUUGGAAGUCUCAUGUAUUUGCAAUCAAGUCCGGAGUCUUAAUUUCGAGAAUAAAGAAGUCACUGUUGGCUCCAUUUAUGUCCAUUGUUGGAAAGUCAUAUCCAUUGAUUUAGAAAUAUCGUGCAAUAUUAUUUUGGACACUAGAUGGCGGUCAUUAGAUGUUCAGGGCUGUAUGAUGGAUUUUAGUAUCCCAAUGUUCUCCUCUUUAUUCUCACAAUGAACACACAGGUCGGUGGUAGUAGUGAUUGUACACAGACAGACCUACAGACAUGCUGAGAUACAGAAAAAAACUUCAUCUCACAGCUUGUAGAAACCACAAACCUUAUUUCAGGCUUCAAACAUGUUCAAAACCGUUAACUUUGAGACGAGGCAUCUGGAAAAUGGUCAAAUGCUGACUCAUUUCAGGGUUUUAUGACUUUAACCAUCAGUGAACCAAACUAGCCCCAACACCAAACUAGAACAGAUCCAUUUUAGUGGAAAUGGGGUAACUUUGUGAGGUUAAUUAGCAGUUUAGCUUAGCUUAGCUUACACAUUGAUAUAUGACCAAUCAUGCUGCUUUAACAAUGUCAAUGAAGUCUCUUACAUAUUCCCUCCAAAGUGUUUUCGUUGUACUGAAUUCGUCUGAUCUUCUAGUUUCUUAGGAUAUCAGGUUUUCAACUGUAUCUUAAAAAUUAACCUCUCAGAAAAAAGCCAAACUUUAAAACAGUUUUUAAGAAAACUCUGAAACGUCUUUUAGAGAACUUCCCGAUAUCGAGACACAAGUGGUAUCAAUGGAUUAGAUUGGACUUGUAGUUUUCAUAUGAUGUCAGAAUGUUCACUCUAACUAAAGGGCUUUAACUCAACCAAUCAGAUGGUUUCUGCCUCCUGCAGCUGCUCUGCUUCUGACCGAUGUGUGUGGAGCUGAGGCUCCACUUUGUCCUUGAAAGAGGAAGAAGAGGAGGAGGAAGAGGAUCUGUUUCCUCCUCCCUCAUUUGUUGGAACGAUCCCCUCGGACUAUUGGACGUUCCUCCUGUCGUUUCCACUUCCUGUUUUUAUGUCGCCCCCCGCCCAAAACCCCAAACCCCCGUCCCGCUGACCCUCGCCCGGUGUCGAUGUUUCUUUUUUGUAUUUCUUUUAUAUAUGAGAACACAAUUAAAGGGGUCUAAUUUUUAUACAA